AUGGUUUCCUUUGGCUUGAUCUUCUAUCUUUCAUCGGUUCUUCUCAUGAGCCUUUGUCAGCAUCCUACAGCUAUUGAGGAUGAUAGAAAGGCAAGUCAUUGCUGUUAUGUAUAUAUUGCUUACAUGGGAUCUCUUCCUGCAAAAGCUUCUUACUCUCCUAUGUCUCACCAUCAGAAUAUCCUUCAAGAAGUUAUCGAAUCAAGUUCCGUAGAGGAUUCUUUGGUCAGAAGCUAUGGAAGAAGUUUCAACGGGUUUGCAGCCAAACUUACUGAAUCUGAAAGAGACAAGCUUGCUGGCAUGGAAGGUGUGGUUUCGGUUUUCCCAAGCACCUUAUAUAAGCUUCUUACCACAAGGUCUUACGAGUUCAUGGGACUUGGUGACAAGAGCAAGCAAGUUCCUGAGGUCGAGACCAAUACAAUAGUUGGUGUAAUAGACGGAGGAAUCUGGCCUGAAUCCAAGAGCUUUUCAGACAAAGGCAUUGGCCCAAUACCUAAAAAAUGGAAAGGAACUUGCGCUGGAGGAACAAAUUUCACAUGCAACAAAAAGGUGAUUGGAGCACGACACUAUGUAGAGAACUCGGCGAGGGACUCUGAUGCUCACGGGACACACACGGCUUCAACAGCAGCUGGAAACAAAGUAAAAGGAGUGAGUGUGAACGGUGUGGCCAAUGGAACUGCUAGAGGAGGUGUGCCUCUAGGUAGAAUUGCUGUUUACAAAGUUUGCGAGCCAGCAGGUUGCAACGCAGAAGGUAUGUUAGCUGCGUUUGAUGAUGCUAUAGCCGAUGGAGUCGAUGUUAUAACCAUUUCCAUUGGAGGAGGUGUUACUAAAGUCGAUGUAGACCCUAUUGCUAUUGGAUCAUUUCAUGCCAUGACCAAAGGGAUUGUUACCACGGUAGCUGUCGGGAACGACGGCCCUAAACUUGGACUAGCAGACAACGUUGCACCAUGGCUCCUUUCAGUGGCUGCAGGUUCAACUGAUCGGAAAUUUGUUACUGAUGUGGUUAAUGGAGAUGGCAAGACCUUACAUGUAAGAAGUGAUUUUAUCUUUCUUAAUUUAUUUAAUGGAACUUUAUUUAUUUAUAUGUAUCCUAUGCUUAGGGGUUGCGCCAGUGGUUGCUUGAACACAGUGAAGGGAAAGAUUGUUGUGUGUGAUGUUCCAGAUAAUGUUUCAGAACCACAAUCAAUGGGAGCUGUUGGAGUUAUCCUUCAUGUAACUGUUGUUGAUUCUCCUGGUCUUGGUCCAAUACCUGUAGCAACCUUAGAUGAUACCAACUAUGAUGCAUUCAGAUCUUACGUUCUCUCCUCGCCAAACCCACAAGGAACUAUACUGAAGACUAAGACAGUUAAAGACGACAAUGCUCCGAUUGCUGUUUCCUUCUCAUCUCGUGGUCCAAACACACUCUUUAGUGACAUUUUAAAGCCUGAUAUAACAGCUCCAGGAGUGACUAUCUUAGCAGCAUAUUCACCCUUGGCUCAAACCGCACUUCCUGAACAAAGCGUGGAUUACUAUUUCAUGUCUGGAACAUCUAUGGCUGCCCCUCAUGUCGCAGGUGUAGCGGCUUACGUCAAAACAUUCCAUCCUGAUUGGUCUGCUUCUGCUGUCAAAUCUGCUAUCAUGACUACUGCUUGGGCAAUGAAUGCGUCCAAAAAUGCAGAAGCUGAGUUUGCAUACGGAUCAGGACAUGUUAACCCUACAGUAGCAGUUGAUCCAGGGCUUGUUUACGACAUAUCCAAAGAAAAUUACUUAAACAUGCUCUGCUCUUUGGACUACUCAGCCAAAGGCAUUAGUACUCUCGCCGGUGGAGGCUUUACUUGUUCCGAGAAAUCAAAGCUGACCAUGAGAAAUCUCAACUACCCUGCAAUGACAGCCAAAGUUUCAGCUUCUUCAUCCUCAGAUAUCACAUUUUCAAGAACGGUCACCAACGUUGGGAAAAACGGAUCGACUUACAAAGCAAAACUGUCUGGUAACCCUAAACUCAGUAUCAAGGUUGAGCCACAGACACUCUCUUUUAAGUCAUCUGGGGAAAAGAAAAGUUUCACUGUUACAAUCUCCGGCAAGAGUGUUGCACAAGUUUCUGGUAUUGUGUCUGCGUCCCUGGUUUGGUCAGAUGGAUCACAUAAUGUGAGAAGUCCUAUUGUUGUAUAUACUUAA